AUGACACAACAACAAGAAGAAAAGUAUAUACAAAAGAAACGAAGCCAAACACAAAAUAUCAGAAAUUCAACACAAUUUACCCUCAUUCCUGGUACAAAAGUUCGUGUAGUUCUUGACGACAAACCGUUGACAAAGAAACGUUUAAGGUUAAGUAGAAACUAUUAUAUCGUAGACUCUACGCAGUGUAAUGGAUAUCUUAUAAAAGCUGCUGACGACUCUAUUGCGUUUUACCCUCGACAUAAAUUAGUUGAAAGUAGUAAUGGCAAACUUGCUGAAACCAUUGACGAAGCAAAGCGAGGAGUGGUUAUUGAAAUACUUGGCUAUAACAUAAACGAUGGCACUUAUAAAGUAAGAUAUGAAGGAGGCGUUGAAGAUGUUAUACCAUCUAAGAACUUGAGAGAGUCAAAGCCAACACAUCUGGGACCAUUAGAGCGGGA